GAGACGUGGUGUCAGGGGGAGGCCGCUCCAUCUCUCUGGGGGACUACAGUGAGGAGUGGAGGGCCCAUCGCCGUCUGGCCCAUAAUGCACUGCAACGCUGCUCCCAGCAGUCGCUCCACGGGGUCAUCCAGAAACAGGCCCUCCACCUGAGACAAGUGCUGCUGAACUAUAACGGCAGAGCUGCGGAUCUCUCUGAGGAUUUCACUGUAGCAGCCAGUAACAUCAUCACCACACUGGCCUUUGGGAAAGAGUAUGAGAAGAGUUCUGCAGAGCUGCAGAGACUGCAUGGCUGUCUUAAUGAGAUCGUGUCUCUAUGGGGCUCUCCCUGGAUCUCUGCUCUGGACUCCUUCCCACUGCUCAGGAAAUUGCCCAAUCCGCCGUUCUCCCGUCUUCUGAAAGAGGUGGCCAGGAGAGAUGACAUCAUCAGAACACAUCUGGAUGAGUACAAGAUGCAGGCACCGAGCAAAACAUCAGAGGAAGACAUUGCCAUCACAAGCGCUCUCCUCAACGGCCUUGGGAAGCCCCAGGACACAACACAGGGAGUGGUCCUGACAGACACUCACGUCCACAUGGCCACUGUGGACCUUCUGAUCGGGGGAACAGAGACAACAGCUGCCUGGCUCAGUUGGACUGUGGCCUUUCUACUGCACAGGCCUGAGGUGCAGUACAGAGUGUAUGAUGAGUUGUGUUCGGUGCUGGACGGGCGCUACCCUCAGUACAGUGACAGACACAGGCUGCCAGUGCUGUGUGCUGUGAUCAGUGAGGUGCUCAGACUCAGACCUGUGGCUCCGCUAGCUGUGCCUCACAGAGCCAUCAGAGACAGCAGUAUUGCAGGCUACUUCAUCCCUAAGAACACUGUCAUCAUCCCCAAUUUGUUUGGGGCGCAUCAUGACCCUGCAGUGUGGACGGAUCCCUAUUCCUUCAAACCAGAGCGGUUCCUGGAGGGUGGGGGGGCCUCGACGCGUGCUCUCCUGCCUUUCGGCGGGGGCGCUCGGCUGUGUUUGGGGGAGGCUGUGGCCAAAAUGGAAUUGUUUCUGUUCACCGCCUACUUGUUGCGUGAUUUCCAGUUCGUACCUGCUGAAAGCCAGACCUCUCUACCAGACCUGACAGGAGUAGCCAGUGUGGUACUCAAAGCCAAGGCCUACACAGUCAUAGCACUGCCCAGACCUGGGCCUUGACCUCUCACAGAGUUUGUUCAUGUACAGUGAUCACAUUACAUUUCUAUCAAU